AUGUCUCCAGGAAAGGAGGGUGAAGGCUUUCCCGCCCAGAAUAUAUCGUCAGACUCCAAGUACGACUCUCACGGCUGGCUUGUUGAAAAUGAAAAAGGUUAUAGAAUCAUUGAGGAUCACUUCGGAGCUCAUCGCAAACUACGAGUCAUUCACAUCGGUGCGGGUGCGUCGGGGAUUUGCUUCUCGAAAUUUGCCGGGCAAGAACAUGAGAACAUCGACCUACAGAUCUACGAGAAAAAUGACGAUAUUGGCGGGACCUGGCUCGAAAAUAGGCAAGUGUUGGUUCCCUUGAGAACGGAAGUGGUUGGACUCAUCGUUCAUUCAGAUAUCCAGGAGAUCUGGAAAUACUUCAAAAGCGUUGUGGAGAGACACGGCCUCAUGAAAUACAUUAAACUUCGACAUAAAGUGGUUGCAGCAAAAUGGCAUCAGGAAGACGGACUUUGGCACGUUCGAGUUCAAGACGAAGAGCAUGGAACUGAAUUCAACGACACGUGCCAUGUCCUAGUCAACGGCGGUGGUAUCUUGAAUAAUUGGAAGUGGCCAGAUAUUGCUGGCCUUCAUUCAUUUCAAGGGGUCCUCCAACACAGUGCACACUUUACCGAAGGACUCGACCUCAAGGGUAAGAAAGUCGCGGUGAUUGGAACUGGCAGCAGCGGGAUCCAAAUUGUCGCGAAGAUUGCUCAGGAAGUGGAACACCUCUAUACCUGGAUCCGGUCGCCUACCUGGAUUACAGCUGGCUUCGCUCAGAAAUUCGCCUCCGAGGGUGGUGGAAACUUUGAAUGUACGAGCCCGCCCCCUUCUACGACUGGUUCGAUGCUGACCAUUUCAGACACGCCUGAACAAAAGCAGCUCUUUAAAGACAACCCGAAGCUCUACUUGAAGUAUUCAAAAAUGAUCGAGUCAGAGUUAAAUCAAAGAUUCAAGUUCAUUUUAAAGAACACCCCAGAGUCCAAAGCGGCUAGGGAAUACGCAAUCUCUGAAAUGAAACAGAAGCUGGCACAUGAUGAGGCCUUGAUCGAGGCGAUUAUCCCGAAAAACUUUGAUGUGGGAUGUCGAAGACCAACUCCAGGAAAUGGGUUUCUGGAAGCUUUGAAUCAGGAGAAUGUGACUGUAUUCACCCAUUUCAUGAAGGCCAUCACUCCAACAGGGUUCAUCGACAACAGUGGCCACGAACAUCAAGUUGAUGUUAUUAUUUGUGCAACGGGAUUCAAUACCACAUGGAUCCCACGCUUCCCCGUCGAGGCAAAUGGUGACACUCUGGCAAAGCUAUGGCGUGAUGAAGCUACGUCGUAUAUUUCGGUAGCUCCUCCUAACAUCCCGAACUACUAUAUGAUGGGCGGACCAUACGGGCCCCUCGGCCACGGUUCGUUCCUACCAAUCUUGGAGUCACUGGCACGAUACAUCCUCCAGAUCAUCGACAAGAUGCAGACCGACCGCAUCAAAUCGCUGACUCCCAAGCCUGAAGUCAUUUCUCAAUUCAAGGAACAUGCAGACCUCUACCUGCAACGAACUGCAUGGGUUUCUGGGUGUAGCAGUUGGUUUAAACAAGGACGUGUAGACGGCCCGCUACCGAUGUUUCCGGGGAGUCGUCUCACAUACCUGAAGCUGCUUGAGAGACCGAGGUUUGAGGACUACAAUAUUGAAUAUUGUAACAAGUUGAACAUGUUUGAGUUCCUGGGUGACGGUUUCGAAGUUCGAGAGUUCGACGGCAGGGAUCUAUCCUACUAUCUUGGUCUCGUCGACGAGAAGGAUGUGCAAAUUGACCUGGAGGCCGACUUGUCCACCGAUCUGGCUGCGCUGAUUCCUCAGGCAUCAAAAGCGUGA